AUGACCCUCAAUGUGUGUAAAGCAUUUAAAAAAUUUGAGGAUUUUUUACCUGAUAAUUUUUCUUUCGAGAACAAUAAUGUCGAAUUUAAAUUAUACGAGUAUUAUUGCCCUAUUGACAAGGAAAUAGGACGUGGAAAAUGUAGAACUGGCAAUCAAGCAGUUAGCGGUGCUACUGCAUUUUUAUUUAAUUAUUUGUUCGCCGAAGAUCAAUAUAUAGAAAAUGAUGAUAAAAAUAACGAAUAUAUCAUGUAUAUUAUGCUAUGGUUAAGUAAUAAAAUGAAACUACUUACACACGGGACCUACGGAGCUGUGUCAGAAUUUUAUGUCACGUUUAUGAAAGGUAAUGAACAUUAUAAAAAAUAUCUUAGUAGAAUCAAUAAAAGCCAAAAAAUAAUGAAUAUAAAAAUUGGUGAAAUGCGUAUACUUUAUGGGUUACUUAAUGAGCUGUGUAAUGCAAUUAUUAAUUAUUCCAAUGAUUCUUCAAAUUGCCACAAUUCUUCAAAUUGUCCCGAUUUUUUAAAAUUUGUUAAUAAUUGGGAAAAGCAAUACGAUCAACUUAUUGAUAGAAAAAAAAAGUUUUUUGAAGAUGAGUAUUAUUGUGAAUUGUUGUUGACUUUAAAAAGUGCUUAUCAGAAAUUUAAACAAGAUAAUAGGAUCCAAAAAAUUUUUCCAGAAAUUAAAGAGGUAGAUAUAGAUUAUUGUAAGAAAAUACGUAAUGAAACUAACACCUCAUGGAAAGUUAUAGAUGUGAAAUCCAUAGAAAAAGUGGAGGAAAAAAAAGAUUUAGAUAAAGGGAAAGAUACCUUGGGAUAUAUAGAUAUUAUUAAAAAUGCAUUUGAAACGUAUAGUUCAAAUUUUAGUAUUAUGUUUACUAGUAUUGGCAAUAACUUAUAUGAAAAUGUGUUGCCACCGCUAACAAAUUUUUACGGUAAAAUUAUAAAUUUUGCUGAGAAAACGAUUAAUCAUGUGAAUGAGGAAUUUAGAAAAUCAAUAGAACCUUCUAUAUCAGAUAAAGAUAUGCCUGAACCAAAAGCCCUAAGAGAUGAAUCAUCAUCAUCUAAUGACCUAUCAUCACUUCAAUAUCCUGGAACCAAUGUAAUAAAAAGUGGAACAACAGAAAUAGGUGAUAAUCCCCUCAUCGUAUACAAGAAAAUGGGAUUUUCAAUUCUAAUUAUUUUAAUACCCAUUGCUUUAGCUAUUAUGUACAAGUAUUUGCCAUUUGGAUGGAGAAAGAAAUCGAAGAAAAAAAAAAAGAUGAAAAAGGCUAUAAAUAUGUUUGAUACAAAUGAAACAACAGAAGAAGUUAUAAACCCGACUGAUCGAAAAAAACAAAUGCAAAUAAUUAUAAAUUUAUCUAGUCAAAACAAACAGGGUAAAAAGUUUACCAAUUCGUCUAUUCAAAAAAAACAGGAUAAAAAGCUUACAAAUUCAUCUACUCAAAAAAAACAGGAUAAAAAGUUUAUAAACUCAAAUAAUAGAAAGAAAAAAGUGAAAAUAAUUAUAAAUUCAUAUACUCAAAAAAAACAGACUAAGGAUUUUAUAAAUUCCAUUUAUUGGGAAAAAUAUCCAUUAUUAAAUAUAUAUAAACUUAUGAAGGCCGAUCCUGUACCAUUUAUUAUUUUAUUUUUGUUGUUUAUUUUUUAUGUUUAUAAAAGAAAAGGCGAUUCUUUAGAAUAA